UGUCUACCAAUUUAGAGUGAAAUCGCGGCCAUUUUGUGUGAGAGGAAUCCCGACGAAUUGGCCGUAAAUUCAUCCCUUUUACGACUUAACGAGGAAAAAACGAGAGCGGUAUACCUAGUUAAAUAAUUAUAAAAAUAUCAAUGAUUCAACUGGUGGAAUGAAAAUAAGGAUCCGGUGGAAUCUGAGCUGGUUCAAGAAGUUAUAAUUUCCAUAAAAAUCAGACGAGAAGUAGAGAGAUCUCCCUGCGAUUCUCGGAAGGCAGAGCACAUCUACAAAGGUUUGGAGGAAUUGUAGCAUGUCACGAUGAGCAUAAGCAGUGACGAAGUGAACUUUCUUGUCUACAGAUAUCUCCAGGAGUCAGGUUUUUCACACUCUGCAUUCACAUUUGGAAUAGAGAGUCACAUCAGCCAGUCCAACAUCAACGGGGCUCUAGUCCCGCCGGCAGCGCUCAUCUCCAUCAUACAGAAAGGCCUGCAAUAUGUAGAGGCAGAAGUCAGUAUAAAUGAGGAUGGAUCAGUCGUAGACAGCAGGGCAUUAGAUUCGCUGUCCCUCAUCGACGCAGUCAUGCCAGAUGUGAUCUCCACAAGAAAGUUGGAACUGAGGCAGGUAGCAGCAAACGGACAGAACAAUUGUAAAGUAGAAGGAACAAAUGGCGAUGACCCCCCAGUUACGUUAAUUCAGUCAAACCACUCAGAAGCGAUGGAAAUCGAUGGUGGCAUAGAGAUCCCUCCUAGUAAAGCAACCGUUCUUAGAGGUCAUGAAUCAGAAGUCUUCAGUUGUGCAUGGAAUCCAUGCAGAGAUCUUCUUGCAUCAGGGUCUGGGGACUCGACUGCUAGGAUAUGGAACCUGAGUGAAGGUCAGAAUUCAUCACAACACCAGCUGGUUCUACGGCACUGCAUCCGAGAAGGCGGGCAAGAUGUCCCAAGUAACAAAGAUGUCACCUCGUUGGACUGGAAUUGUGACGGUAGUUUAUUAGCGACGGGCUCCUACGACGGCUAUGCAAGAAUCUGGUCUACGGAAGGUCGUUUGGUCAGCACGCUAGGUCAACACAAGGGUCCCAUUUUUGCGCUGAAAUGGAACAAAGAGGGCAACUACAUUCUGAGCGCAGGGGUGGACAAGACCACCAUCAUCUGGGAUGCCCAAACUGGAGAAUGCAAGCAGCAGUUUCCUUUCCAUGUUGCACCGGCAUUAGACGUUGACUGGCAAACCAACACAAGCUUUGCAUCAUGUUCCACAGACCAGAGUAUACAUGUGUGUAAACUCGGCAGUGAUAAACCCAUCAAAACAUUCCAAGGACAUUCAAAUGAAGUGAAUGCUAUCAAAUGGGACCCGUCUGGUCAGAUGCUCGCUUCCUGUUCAGAUGAUAUGACACUCAAGAUAUGGUCGAUGAAGCAGGAUACGUGUGUACAUGAUCUACAGGCGCAUAGCAAAGAGAUCUACACCAUCAAAUGGAGCCCAAAGAAUCCCAAUACACCUCUCAUGUUAGCUAGUGCAUCGUUUGACUCGACAGUGAGGCUAUGGGAUGUAGAAAGGGGGAUCUGUAUCCAUACACUGACCAAACACCAAGAGCCUGUCUACAGCGUAGCUUUCAGCCCCUCGGGCAAAUACCUAGCCAGCGGCUCGUUUGACAAAUGUGUACAUAUAUGGUCAACACAGACCGGCAGUCUUGUUCAUAGCUAUAGAGGGACAGGAGGAAUCUUUGAAGUCUGUUGGAAUCAUACGGGAGAUAAAGUAGGAGCUAGUGCGUCAGAUGGAUCGGUGUUUGUACUGGACUUAAGAAAAUGAGAAGACGCCGUGUGGAAUAGUCAGGAAUUCCCUUUUCUACACUUGUACAGAGAGAAAGUGAGAGAGAGACACAGAGAGAGUGAAAGAGAGAGAGAUAGAGAGAGAGAGAAAGAGAGAGAGAGAGAGAGAGUGAGAGAUGUGACUUGUGUGUUUAGUGUAACACGCAAAAGAAAAAAAAUGAGAGCGGGAGAAGGUAAGGACAGAUGAUGGACUCAUGGACAACACGUUUGUAGAUGGUAACGAAGAAGAUGAGGAUGAUGAUUCAAAACUCAUGUUGUUUAUUCGGGAAGAAGCAGCCCUUCAUGGUGUUUACGAUCUGUGAGGGCUGGCGCUGAACGGACACUAACGUGAGGUUUUCAUAGGUUUUGACGAUUGUUAGAGGUAAUGUUUCAGGGCCAGAUGGACGUUUGAGUGUGGCUA